AUGAGCUUUGAUGGAGACAUAGGGAAGCAUAGGCUCUUACCGGGUGAUCAACAGCUAGUGGACAACGCUAGCGUUCAAGCGCCGCCGGGGAUAAGGCCCCUUUUCGGUGCGUUGGGCUAUCCGAACUAUUUUCCCGACUUGGGCAAUCUGUUCACAUGGGGUCCGUUCGACUGCCUUGAUGAUCCGCAAUAUAAUGCUUCCCUCAACAACGGCGCUGGAUUCAAUGGUCUGGACUCACCCUGUCAGCAAAUUCCACUCCCAUUUGAGCCUCCUCCGGUUUUACCAACACCCAGGUCGAGCACACCUACUGAACCAGCUGCGCUACAGCCACUGCCUACUCCCGCGGAAGAAAUUCAUCAAUCUUCGCAAAUCGCAUGUCAUGUACUAAAUGACCCCACAGCAUCUAGCUCUACAUCUCCUAGAGGGGAUCCGGAUUCCCAUUCUGACGAUGAUUUACUGAUCGCAGAAAACUUCUUCCAUGUUAGUGCCGUACGCACUGAAACGUAUGAAAAGAUCCUGAGCUUCUAUCUGGCCCAGACGGACAUCUGUUUCAAGAAGUUCGCUUUUCCGGACGCCAACCGCCUCAAUUGUCUUGUUCAGGUGUAUUUUGAGUAUUUCCAUUCACAGAUGCCAUUUAUACAUCCAGUUAUGCUUGAAAGCGACGGCUCGUGGAUUCUAGUGCUUGCCUUGGCUGUUAUUGGGAGCCAAUAUACUAGAAUGGCUAUGGGUAAAGAAUACAUCAUCGUUCUGUCCGAACUCUUACGUCGUGCGAUCCCCCUUGAUGCUGUGAAAGCGCUGCAAUUCGAUGCAAUGACUCUGGCUCAGUCAACUUUGCUGCUCAAUGUUAACCUUGUGUUCAACGGUUUCCGAGACAAUAUCAUUAAUUUGCAGUUUCUGCGCACCUGGCUGGCUACACUUAUUCGUCCUUUUCUUAAUCCCCACAGUAGAAGAGAUUCUGCCCUGCUAGAUGCCUCGCAAACUGUGAAUAUUUACGACCGAUGGCAUGCAUGGCUCCAAGCCGAAGCCCACACCCGUCUGGUAUAUGCGUUUUUCUUGCUCGACUCGUUUUGUGUCGUAUUUCUUGAUAUGCAACCAAGCUAUUCAAUGGAUGAUUUUGAGCACAGACUCCCUUAUCCAGACGAACUCUGGAGCAGCCAGGAUGCUCACUCCUGGGAGGAACAUUUCCAAUCCUGCCAGGAGACACCGGCAAUCACUAUACGGGAAUUUCUAUCAUCUAGCUGUAUUAAUGACCUUUCUCUUGAACAACUACCCUGGUUCAACAGGCUAGCAUUACUACUUGGUCUCUUUGUCGGAGAGAAGCAAGCUGUCAAUACGUGUCAGUUUUCUGCUCGUCUUCUAGUGCCUAGCGGUAAUCCUUGCACGUUACCGUACUUGCAGGAGACACCUAACUCGUACCCAAGCCUUGAUCCCCGGUACCAACUUUUAGAUCCGAACUUCACACCAACAAAGUCAGCAUCCGCUUUCGCUGAGUGCUUCACGAUCUGCUAUCAUCUAACUAGCAUUUUAAGAUACACGUCUGUGCGGGAUAUACUUGCUUACACAGGGUGGCUUGUUACGAAUGUGGAGAGUAUCGCCGCCGGGAAGCGCAUAGCGCAAAUGAUGGAGAAAGACACGGAACGUGCGCGUAGAUGUGUAGUACAUGCUGGUGCAAUAAUUAGGGAGAUUCGUGGUGGCUUAGCUCCUGCUUGCUACCAUUGUUUCAGUCUCCUAUUUGCGUUCCUGUACUUAUGGGUCUAUGAGCGGUUCCAUACCAGUACCACUACCAAAGGCCCUCGUUCAACACAGCCUUCGCCCCAUAGGCUGCUAAGGAUCGACCGCGACCCUGAUCCGGUGCUGAAGAAACAGUGGAUAGCUGGCGAUGCCAACUGUCGACCUUACUUGACCGGAGUUGGACUCCUCUUGGAACCAGGGGCUUCCACUCGUCUUCUCAGGGAAUGUCAACGUAUUCUUGGAUCUUAUGAUGCGUGGCCGCAUCUUCGAACAGGAUUUAUAUCUGCUCUCAAUGAGCUUGUUGAUGAGGUGAAACCGUUGACUGAUGCCCCAUAUUCAUGGGCUUCGUGA